AUGAAGGUCUCUCAUUUUCUCUUUUCUAUUCUACUGUUGAAUGCAUAUUUCUAUGGUUGGAUUCAUGCUCAAAAUGUAGACUUAACGUCGUGCAUCAGUCAGCAAUGGAUCGCUUGUGGUAUUUCCGUGGGUACAGCAAUUUACAAGAAAUAUAAUUCAUGGAGUGACAUCGAUGAAAAACAAGCGUUUGGCACCACGUGCAAAUCACAAUUCAAAAGUGGUUUUUACGAUUGGGAGUGGGUAUGGAGUGGCAAAUUCUGGUGUCCAUCGCUAAGUGCAACAGUUAUGGGCGAAAGUACAAAAUGGAAAAGUCGAAAUGGAGCUAUUGAACAUGCCAUUCAAGAUUACGUCACGAAAAUGACAUCAGUUGGGUUACUGAAACCACCACAGCUUAUUGAUGCACCACGUGGAUUAGUUCCAUUCUAUCGUUAUAGUCAGAAUGGUUAUAGUCAUUUCUAUACCAUAGAUCCAAAUGAAAUUGGCACUGUUACUCCUGGUAGUACCGGUCGUGGGAAUUACGUUUUCGAGGGUAGUGUAGGCAGAAUUUAUGAUUCGCCUGGUCCCAAUCCAUCGCUCACGCUUGCUUUAUAUCGUUACAUCAAUAUUCGCAGUGGUCAACAUUUUUACACGACUAACUGGCAGGAAAUUGGAACAAAUACAGUUGGUGCUAGUAUUGGAGAUUGGAAACACGAGGGAAUUGCAGGCUACAUCUAUUCGACGAUGCAACCGGAUACAAGACCACUUUAUCGCUACUAUGAGCGCAGUCAUGACGCUCAUUUUUACACACCUGAUGCUAACGAAAUCGGUACCACAACACCAGGAACAGCUGGUAGAGACGGCUAUGUAUUCGAGGGUAUUAUUGGUUAUGUUGCUUAA